AAGCGUUAGAAACCAACUUAAUAGUGUUUGAACAUGUUGCAAAUGCAGAUAGAUACUAUUUAUAGAUCAAAACUGGGAUCAAGCUGGAACAAGUCAUUGAUCUUGCGCUAGUCAAGUGCACACAAGUACAACAUUACACGCGAUGUAGUCGCGGUUGUGUUCACUUCAGUAUUCCACUAUCGUCCCAGUAAACAACACGUUAUCUACUAAUAUUUACGAAAAUGAACGUAGACUUCACUGAUAAAGUAGUGCUAGUUACUGGUGCAAGUGCUGGUAUAGGCGAGUCCACAGCUCUCCUGUUCGCCAAACUUGGUGCGAAGCUGUCGCUGGUGGGAAGAAAUGAAGCCAACUUGCGAGCAGUCGCGGCCGAGUGCGAGAAGCAGAAGGGCGUGAAGCCGCUGGCGAUCGUCGCGGACCUGGGGACUGAUGAGGGGGUCCAGAAGACUGCCAAGGAGACUCUCGAACAUUUUAAAAGGUUGGAUGUACUGGUGAAUAAUGCAGGUAUCAGCACCAGGACCUGCCUCCAGGUCGCAGACAUGGCGACCUUCGAUGAGGUGUUCCGAGUGGACGUGAGAGGAGUGUACCAGCUCACCAAGCUACUGGUCCCAGCGCUGAUAGAGACUGGCGGGAACAUCGUGAAUGUGUCCAGCAUUUCUGGCACCAUGGUCGUUGUGGGCAGCUUGCCUUAUGGAAUGGCUAAGGCAGCACUGGAUCACUUCACGCGGCUGGUGGCUCUGGAGCUGGCUCCCAAAGGUGUCCGGGUCAACGCCGUGAGCCCCGGAGUCACUGUUUCAACAAUAGUGAAACGUAUGACAGGCUGCACAGAAGAGCAAUACCAGAGCUGGUUGUCGUCCGCCGCGUCCACUGUACCAAUGGGGGAAGUUUGCCAGGGGGGUGACAUCGCGCGGAUGAUCGUCCACCUGGCGAGCGACAGCAGCCGCCUGGUGACGGGGACAGUGGUGCCGGUGGACGGCGGGCUCAGGUUCUCCGGCCCCAGCAACUUACUGAGUCAGCAAAUGAAACGAGAUAUAUAAUAAACUAGGCGAAUAAC